GGUCAUUGUUCCUUUUGAAUUGGAACGAGACUUUCCCCCUUCUAUCGCUCUCUCUUGCUGUCUGUCGCUCUGUCUGUCGACUACCCCCCUCAGUCAAACCCUACCACACACAACAAUGGACGAACCGUGGCUGCUCGACGACCGCGCCAAGCGAGAAGUGCAGCACAGACUCUUGUCCUGCUUUGACGGGCUCGCCAGCCCGUUCGGUCAUCGUCGGGUCGACGCCCUCCGCAGAUUGCUCUCCUAUCUCGGCAGCCUGGCCAGUGGCGAGAGCAGUCACGAGAAGGCCAGCUUCCUGUCGCUUCAAGUGCACGAAGGCGAGUUCAAUGUUAUCUUUCGUGCAUUGUCUGCCUUGACGUCGCCGAAUCACAUCCCACCAGAUUUCAUUUCGGCGGAAGAGUACGUGCGAACAUUUCAAGUUGUAGAAGGAUUGUGUCUGUUGCAUGUCGAUGCACCGCGGCAAUUCUGUGAUCUCGGCGGCCUAGAGCUCCUCAUUGCCGUGACGGAACAAUGUGUACAAGUCGCAACAUCGUCGAGUCGCGAAGUGUUUACCAACGCGCUGGACUUGCUAGCCAGCACCCUUGCUCAAGGUCCCGCCUAUGUCGAUAACUUUCGCGAACUCGAAGGGUUUUCAGUGCUAGUGAGCUUGGUGAAUCGCAAGUCUUUGGAUAAUGCCAUGCGCGCUACCGUCGUCAGCACUCUUGCGUUGCUUUGUGCUAGCAACAAGCCGUUGCUUGCACAAACAGUAAGACAAAGACUCGGCGACCUAAUGGGCACGGAGACAAUCGACCGCAUGCUAACAUUGACCAAGUGCGACUGGGAAGCCGGCAAGGAGCCGAGCAUCGAGGCUGCGCAAAAGUUUUUGACAACCAUCGACUAAAACAAGUUUCUGUGAGGACGCACAAGUUUCUAUUAUACAAAUAAUUAUCCAAAUUCAGAAAUAUCGC